AUGAGCCUCACUCGGCAAGAGCGAAAGUCGUGCGAAACAUGCCGCGCACGCAAGCUUCGGUGCUCAGGGGAGAAGAGCGGAUGUGCACGCUGUCGCAGCCUGUCGUUGACCUGUAAGUUCAAGGAUAAGGGGGCGCCCGGCAGGCCGAGGAAGCGCGCUGUCGACUAUGGCGCGAGCUUGCCAACAGCCGGAGGUGGGGGAGGAUCCUCGACGUCGACGCCGAGCUCCUCAAACUCACACUCACAUUCCCAUUCGCACUCGCACUCACAUUCGCAUGUUUCUUCGCUCGUACCAAUCCCGCGAAUAAUGGAUUCCGGGGAUUUCGGCGGGUAUUUCCCUUCAGAGCUCGCGGCGAACUGCGGAUUCGAUUCUUUACCCCGCGGACUCUUGCUCGGCGACAGCGAUCUCUGUGCACUGCCUAUAGAAUCAUGGCAAACGCCGCACGAGCACGAUACCGACAUCCUCGGGGCAUCUACCAAGGACACAGACCCAUAUGUCUCGCCCGUGUCGCUGCCACCGUUGUGCAAGUGCGACGAAGAGGUCUCGGCUACAGCACGGAGUCUCAGUCGAGCGCGCAUGUCGCACGACAUCAUUCUGGCGCUCCGCACAGGCGUAUCCCUGGCAGAAAGGCUGCUUACCUGUCCAAUCUGCUAUGACGUAUCAAAACCGCCGCGGGUGACCGUGCAAAACGUUCUCUUGAUCGGCCAUCUCAUGUUCGAAGUCACGUCGGGCUACCUAAACUACCUCCGGUGGCUAAACGAUAAAGAUAGGAGGAAAGACGAUGACGGAUCGGAAGCUGGGAAGGAGCGUCCGACGACCGUCUAUCUCGGUUCCGGGCUGGGAGUCGUGGAUUUACAGAUCUCCGCCGACAAGCUGCAGGAGCUUGUGAUGCACGGGCUACAGAGUGAUGUCGAGCGAUUACUUGCACUCGGGGAGAAAUUUGCACAGCGUCAGCGGAAUCGCCAUAUGGUUGGGCACGAAUCUUGUCCAGACCCGGAGGGCCACUGCCGACGGAAGCAGGACGACAAUGUCGACCGCGACCCGCUGGAUGUUUGUCCGCACCAUCCCGUGGCGCGCAGGCUGGUGCCUUGCUUCCGCAUCGUGGACGAGGUGCGAGGGAUGAUUCAGCAGGUUUCCGAGGCUGUUAUGUGA